GGCCAACAGAGAAAAGAUGACAUAAAUCUUAUUCGAAACAUUCAACGUGCCAUCAUUCUACGUUGCUAUUCAAGCCGUGCUCUCACUCUAUGCUUCAGGAAGAACAACUGGUAUCGUCGUAGAUUCUGGAGAUGGUGUCUCACACACAGUCCCAAUCUAUGAAGGUUAUGCCCUUCCACAUGCUGUUCUCAGAAUUGACUUGGCAGGAAGAGCCUGCACCCAAUAUUUGGUUAACAUCUUGAAUGAAUUGGGUGUUUCAUUCACAUCAUCAGCUGAAAUGGAAAUUGUUAGAGACAUGAAAGAGAAAUUGUGCUAUGUUGCUCUUGACUAUGAAGAGGAAAUGAAGAAAUACAAAGAGAGUGCUGCCAACAACAGACCCUAUGAAUUACCAGACGGAAACGUUGUUGUCAUCUAAAAUCAAAGAUUCAGAUGUCCUGAAUUGCUCUUCAAACCAAACUUCAUUGGUCUUGAAGUCGCAGGUAUCCACGAAUUAACAUUCAAAUCAAUUAUGAAGUGCGAUAUCGAUGUCAGAAAGGAUCUUUACGGAAAUGUUGUCAUGUCCGGAGGUACAACCAUGUUCCCAGGAAUCCCAGAAAGAUUGAGCAAAGAAUUAACAUCCCUUGCCCCAUCAUCAAUGAAAAUCAAAGUCGUUGCCCCACCUGAAAGAAAAUUCUCAGUCUGGAUCGGAGGAUCAAUCUUAUCAUCAUUGUCAACAUUCCAAGCCAUGUGGAUCACAAGAAGCGAAUACGACGAAAGCGGUCCAACCAUUGUUCACAGAAAGUGUUUCUGAGAGAUAAAUCAUAUUAAUAUCAAUAUCAAUAUAGAUAAUAGAUUUAUUUGUCUAAGCAUAAUAAAUAACAAUGUUA